AUGUUGCUCUUCGGCCUAGGGAAACUCGUAUAUGUAAUCGUCCUCCUCCUCAACGCAGUCUCUAUCCUCUCCGAAGACCGCUUCCUCGCACGAAUCGGCUGGGGCCGCACACAAGCAUCCGAACCCGGUUUUGGCGGCGCGUACGAUGGCACGAGCAUCAAAGCCAAGUCCGUGAAUCUAAUUGCGAGCGUGAGAACCGUUAUGCGGAGUACGUUAUACCCAUCUGUUUACAUGUUUGUUGCUUUCUUGGUGAUGGAUUAA